AUCGUCCUCCGCACACACAUUCCAGCAGUUCCUCCCGUCCCCAGACUGUCUCCUUUAGUGAGCCUUUAGCUUGGUGUUGAGUACAGUUUGGUUCCCCUUCUUAUCAAUUUGUUUUACGAUUCGUCGUUUCGUAUCGUACUGGGGUGAUUGCUUGCUUGCUUACGAACGAUCCCCCGGUUGCUAGCUCAGGGCUGCAUGUGCGUGCCGGCUCUUAUCUUCGGCAGCACUUCAGCUAGCAACAACCCCGGGAAAGAAAUCGAACUCUCACUCCUCCCUCGUGCUUUUCUCGUGACGUUGUGUCGCCUUCAUCCCCACUCCUCUCUCUCUCUCUCUCUCCCUCCCUGCUCAUCCCUCAGCGUCUCGGAGAGCAUUUGUGCGUAGAAGCCUUGCAUCUCGCACGCCUCGUCGGACCGUGCUCCAUAUAUUGGGUGUGGUUUCAGUUUUACGUGCGCGAAGGCCCAAAAGCGUAAAUUUCUAGCCUUCCGACUACGGGUUCGUACAAUUUGUUCCCUUAGUCUCGUCCGCAGUGUGUCCCCAUUUCUAGUCAAACAUCGAGUGAUCCUCAGCGAUCACUCAGCGCUUGCCUUCGAUAAAAGUGGUUUGUGACAGAGGGGGCGAACAGCAUCUGCCCCCGACACGCCAUUUGAUCAAUUUUCACUUAUUGCCAUUGCCAUUGCCAUUCAUUCAUCGUUCCGUGCAUUCUUUGUGUUAAUAAUUCUUUAUAACCUCACACACCUUUGCUUUUCUAAACCCCUCGCUUCAUCUCUUGUCUCUCUCGCUGUCGGAGUCUGUGUGAGUUGGAGGAAGAUCGGGGAGUAUCGCUCGAGCGGCCUGGUCAAGCUCGGUUCUCCUCGAAUGAGACAUCGAGACAUGACCCUUGAUUAUUCGGUCCGAAGUGUGUAGCCCGAGCCUGCGUAUAAGACAGGCAGGGGUACUCGUUCGGCACUUUGCGCGUACUCACCUCGCGAGUCCUACUUACAGCAUGAUCAAAUAUUGUUUCUGUCCAUACAUUUAUGGACAACUGCAGGGCCAGCUGCAGAAACAGGGCCGGCGGGGCUUCAUAUUCGUUCUACUAUGUGCGUUUAGCGCAAUAUUUGUGUACCUUCGGCUAUGGGUGCACGUUCGCCUGAUUCGCACGUUCGCCAAACUCUCGACGAAAAUCUGGUCUCUUGACGCCUAUGACGUGAGCUGGCCAUGGAGCCGACGAGCAGAUUCGAGCAUAUCGGAGUCGAGCGGCGUGGAUGCGGACCCGGAAGAACCCUUGCCACAAGUGGAGAAGUUCUUGAAGAGGGCCAAGGUCACGCGCACAUGGGUGUACCCGGAGAGCCCGCGCCAGACGCACUGGCUGCCCCUGAGCAACUUGGAUCGGGUGGUGAAUGCGACGUUCUCCUCGCUCAUACUCUACUUCGAUGCCCGGACCAUGAAGGAAUGGAAGGCGACGACGAUUGCGAACGAACGCAGUGGGAGUGGCAGUGGCAGUGGCGGCGGCGGCGAAGCGAAAAAGGUGGCAGGUAUGCUGAAGGAAGCGAAUUCGAUGAAAGAACGCGGCGGCGGCGAUGUGGCAGGGAUUCUGAAGAGCUCUUUGGCCAAGGUGCUGAAUGAAUUCUACCCGCUCGCCGGGCGCCUAGCGCUUCGGGAAGACGGACUGGGCGAUCUGCUGUGCAACAACGAGGGCGCUUUGUUUCUGGAGGUGGACGUGGACCACGAGCUCAAAGCGUUCGGCGAACUGCGACCCACGCCCGCCCUCUCAGGAUUAAACUCUAGUUUUACGCGAUCCCUGAUCGGCGGCAAGCCGCCCUACACGCCCGAUCAGCUCACCCCCAUGCCCGUGUGCAUAAUUCAGCUCACGCGAUUCAAGUGCGGCAGCAUUGCGCUCGGCGUGAACUGGCACCACACCGUGGCCGAUGGGUUUUCCGGCUGUCACUUCGUCGAGUCGUGGGCUGAGGUGGCGCGGGGCAAGCCCAUCUCGCUCAAGCCCGUGCACACGCGGUCGCUGCUGACGCCGCGCACGCCUCUGGAUCCCAGCCUCGUCAACCAAGAGGGAUACAGCACGAAGAGCCUGCCGAGGGACCUGCAGGCGCCCGGCGCAGGGUUCCAGCCCGCCGUCACGGCCGUCAAGGGCAUAAGCGGCGCCAAAGUCGAGGCUCUGAAGCGCACGGUGCUGGACGAGGGCAAGGCGCACCCGCAGUAUCUGAUGGGCGACGGCGAGAAGCCGUUCUCGAGCGCCGAGUGUCUGUCGGCGUUCCUGUGGCGGGCCUUCGCGCGGGCGCGGUACCGCGACAUCGGGCAGCAGUCGCAGGGCCGGCAGACGCGGUUCUUCAUGUUCGUGGACGGGCGGUCGCGGCUGCGCAUGCCGCAGGGCUACUUCGGGAACGUGGUCUGCAGCGCCUGCGCCGUGACCACGGAGGACAAGCUGCACCGCGAGCCGCUGAUCUACGGCGCGCAGUUGAUCCGCAAGGCGGUGAACGGCGUGAGCGGGGAGUACUUCCGAUCUCUGAUCGACUGGGUGGAGUUGCACGGGCUCGACGGCUCGACCAAGUCCGAGCACGUGAACUCCAUGGGGCACGACGUCGCGGCCACCUUCUGGAACCGGUUUCCCAUCUACCACAUGGACUUCGGCUGGGGCGAGCCGUCGUUCGCGGGCCGGAACUCGCCGCCGCGCGACCUCAUCGACGCGUUCGCGAUGAUGCCCAGCAGCAACCGGACGGGCAAGGGGGACAUGGUGGCCCUGCUCAACCUCCACGAGGACAGGUUGGAGCGAAUUCAGGCAGACAGAGACUUCUCGUCGCAAUUCGAAUCAUGCGAGCAGCUGAACAUGUACAGGCCUUUCUAAUCACGUGCCUGCUCGCUCGGUCCCGCUCUCGUCUCGACCUUGUACCGUUGCAUUCCUCAUCCGACUCCGUUGGAUGGCCCCGCCCCCGUCCCCCGUCCCCAUGCCCCAUCCCCCCACCCCUCCCCACUCCCCACGAUCCACGAGAGUUCUGCGUUGGACUCGACUCGAUUCGAGUCAACCGGGCUCGAUUGCAUUGCCGAAUUGUAAUUAAUUUUUUCGGCUGCGAAUCAUUCGUACUAGGAGAUUGUAGUGUUGCCUGCCUUUCGAGCUGUAGUGACAAUUGUACAGGUCCGGUGAUCAGAUCAGCCUUGGCAUCGUGAGCAAGCAGAUUUUGAAAAAUUGACAAAAAUUUGACAUUCUAGUGCCUUAACCCUUCGGAAAUAGAAAAGAGCACAAAAAUAUAAUAAGGCUGCGGAAGCAUAGGAGCGGAAGAAAAAAUAUAUGUCGAUCAAAGUAGGUCGAUAUGAGCUGUACUCAUAUAUCGAGGAAGUAGAAGAUCGCGUCUGGGGUGAAACCCACCCUCUUCUAAUUUCAGCGUAUUCAGAUUAGCCGAAACUGGCCUUGGACUGCUUAGUAGAGCAGUUUAGAGCAGUCAGCAUCUGGACCUCCCGGUCCAAUCCAACCAUUUACUUACACAGGGGUAGACUCUGAAACUGCGCAGCUCAGAUGUGUGUAGUUCCACAUCUUAUCUGUACAGGCCAAUCAGUAAUACCAAAUUCCACAGUUGAAAUCAUCCGAUCGCUUGUGCACGCACGAGCUCUGGUCACUGUGCUUGUUCUGAUUGUUCUCUACUCUUGUUAAGACUGGAUUAAAGGUGUUCGAGUUUCUAU